AUGUCGUCCAACAGGCAAUCCUUCGGUAGGGAUAACCUCUAUUUCUACGACCCAUCCGUGGCACUAGCGGUGGUCUUCUCGGUUCUAUAUGCACUCCUCAGCAUAUACCACCUAUAUCUAUCGACAUGGUACACACAAAAACAACGGAUCAAACACCGCUUCACAAUCCCCUUGCCCAUAGCAGCAGUGGUCGCAACUGUCGGAUGGGCACUACGCAUCGCAUCAGUGACAAACAAAGCCUCAAUCCCACUAUACGCCAUCUCAGGCUCAUAUAUUGUCAUAUCGCCCAUUUUCGUGUGCGCGACCCUCUACAUCCUACUGACACGCGUCAUCCGCUACUCACUGCCCGAAGGUCAUCUACAGCGUUUCGCCGGCAUAUCUCCUCGGUGGCUGGGUCGCCUCUUCAUUACCAGCGACGUUACCUCUUUCUUGACACAGGGUGGAGGUUCUGGCGUCGCUAGUGGAGGUAACUGGAGAGGUAACUCGAAGGAUAUUGGCAUCAAUAUACUCCUCGUCGGGCUUGCUUUGCAACUAGCCACCUUUUCGCUCUUCAUGUUCACUCUGUGGCGUUACAUGUGUCGUGUUCGAGCGAAUCCUGGCGUUGCUGGAUUUGAUCGAUCCAUCAAAAAGGUCUUGCUGGGUGCUUGGAUUGCUAGUGUUUUUAUACAGACCCGCUCCAUCUUCCGCGUCGUCGAAUUCGCCCUUGGUAUUGACGGUUACCCCUUCCAAAACGAAUGGUGUCUAUAUGUUCUAGAAGCGGUACCCAUGUGGAUUGCCAUUGCGGUCCUGGGUUGGUUCCACCCGAUUCGUUGGAUGCAGCAACACAAAUGGAAUGAGUCGAUGAAUGGAACGGCUGGACAAAAGACGGAGCAGAGCAUCGUUGAUAAAACUUCUGGUGUUACUGCGAAUCGACAUCGGGGUCAUAAAACUGGGAAGGAGGCUACAGAUGAGGCGUUGCGAUACAAUAAAGAAGGAAUAGGUAAGGGGGGAAACAGGGAAUAGGAAAGGGUCUGACGGCGGUAAUUGUCAAGAGGUCGGUGCAAUACGUUCAUUGAAGACAUAGAAGACACGUUGUGAUCAUUGGCGAGUACUAGGUACCUUACUCAGUCCUUUACACUUAUAUGCGAGGGUGGCAGGUUCUCC